UGAGCACAGACCGGGGCCUCCCCUGGGGAAGGGGGUGGGAAGACUCUGAGGUGGAAAAGACGGAGCUGGAUGGGGGGGUGCAGCGAGCCUGGCUUGGGCUGGGGGCGGACUUGCUGGAGCUCCGAGGGCUUCCAAACCACGCAUCGCCCAGGUGGAGGGAGGGAGGCUCUGGUUUAGAGGCCAGUCCUGCCCGCCUGACUUUCGGUGGCUUGUGGAAUUUGUUUGUUUUGACUGAUACCUUUCUUAAGAGGUUCUUUUCUUUGUCUCUGGGUUGCUUCUAAUAUUUAAAAUCAACAUGUGCACAGAUGAGUCCAUCCAUGAUCACUGGAAACGGUCCACGGGGCUGCUGUCUCCCCUCUAUCUCAAGCGCGACCCGCGGCAGAGAGCUGGAGAAGGUUCCAGAAAAAAGGGACUCUGGCAUGACCGAGGUGGAGAGGACCUACACACCACUGCUGACUUGGAUCAGAAACCCUCCUCCUCACAUUCUGGUCACUCCUCGGAAAUGUCAUUGCCUCAAGUCCAAAAGGAUAAGUAUCCUGAGGAAUUCAGCCUGCUUAAGUUGCAGACAAAAGAUGGGCAUCGUCCUGAGUGGACGUUUUACCCGAGGUUUAGCAGCAACAUCCACACUUACCAUGUCGGAAAGCAGUGCUUCUUUAAUGGAGUCUUCCUCGGCAACAAGAGGUCUCUAUCAGAGAGGACGGUGGACAAGUGCUUUGGGAAAAAGAAAUACGAUAUUGAUCCCAGGAACGGAAUCCCAAAGUUAACUCCAGGGGAUAAUCCAUAUAUGUACCCAGAACAGAGUAAAGGCUUCCACAAAGCAGGAUCAACGCUCCCACCAGUGAAUUUUUCAGUAGCACCUUAUGAAAAGAAAUUUGAUACAUUUAUUCCACUUGAGCCUCUUCCACAAAUUCCCAACUUGCCCUUCUGGGUGAAGGAGAAGGCCAACAGUUUGAAGAAUGAGAUACAAGAGGUUGAGGAGCUCAACAACUGGCAGCCAGCAGUGCCCUUAAUUCUGCUCCUUCCUGGUGCUUUGGACUUUCCAAGACAAUCCUGAGCAUACACAGGCCCACAAAACAUGUGCUGACUGCACUCUGGCGAGCCUUUUCCAGUUGAUGGUUUUUCUCAUGUGACUGUUCUAAAUUCAAUGUUUGACCCUUAUGAGGAAGUGUUGUGCUUUGCUUUUUUAAAACUUUAUAUUUUGAAAACUUUCACAUUUACAGAAAAAUUGCAAGAAUUGUACAACAAACACCUGCAUAUCCUUCACAUAGAUUCUAUCAAUGUUAACAUUUGUUCAAACUUUCUCUCUCUCACAAUAUUACAAUUACCAUUUUGCUGAACUCUUUGAGAGUGAGUGGCAGAUAUUGUAAUGCUUUACACCUGUAUACCAACAUACCUCAGCAUGUAUCUCCUAAGGUCAAGGAUGUUGUCUAACAAGCACAACACAAAUAUCAAACUCAUGGAAUUUAAUACUGAUAAAAUAUUAUUAAUAUUUAGUCCACAUUCA